AUGUGUCUUCUUAUUGGUUUUAUAAUCAUUCUAUAUAUCUCCUAUCGUUUAUAUCAACAUUUUUUUCCAACACCAAAUAUUAAUCCUAAUGGUAAAUAUGUUCUUAUUAGUGGUUGUGAUAGUGGAUUCGGUAAUGGAUUAGCUAUUGAACUUGAUAAACAAGGUUUUAAUGUUCUUGCUGGCGUCUUACUUCCAGACAAUGUAGCAUCUCUUAAAGAAAAACUUUCAUCAAAAGCUACAGUUUUUCUUCUUGAUAUUACAAAACAAGAAGAUAUUGAUAGUGCAUUUGAAUUAGUCAACAAGAAAACAAAAGUUCUUCAUGGACUUGUUAAUAAUGCUGGAAUUACUGCAGGUUCAUGUAUUGACUGGACACCACUAGAAGUUAUGCGUAAAGUGAUGGAUGUAAAUUUUUUUGGACAUGUUGCAAUGACAAAAAAAUUUUUACCUUUACUUAUUGCUAAACGUGAUUCACGUGUUGUUAAUAUUUGUUCUAUAGCUGGUUAUAUCGCGUCAUCUGGUAUGUCUGCUUAUUCAGCAUCGAAAUUUGCUCUUGAAUCAUUUUCGGAUUGUCUUCGACGUGAAAUGGCACCAUGGGGUUUACGUGUUAGUAUUAUUGAACCAGGAUUUAUGCGAACAGCUAUCAUCCAAGCUGCUUAUAAAUCAUUUCCAGAUUUGUGGAGUCAACUCUCAAGUGAUGUUCAAGAACGAUGGGGAGAAGAUUUUAUUAAAGCUAGAUUAGAUAGGUCAAGAAACAAUCCAUUUGUGAAACUUGCUGAAGAUCCCAUGAAAGUUGUUCGAGCUCUUCAACAUGCUGUUAUGAAUACAGUUCCUCGUAUUCGUUAUCGACCUGGAUGGCAAUCAAGUCUUUUUUUCUUUCCAUUAUCUAAUUUACCUGUUUGGUUUAUCGAUUGGUUUUUAGGUCAAUUAAAUAAAUCAGCUUUUGUUCCUGCAAGUGUUAACAAACAACACAAAGAUUAA